GAUGUGCUUACAGCUUGAAAGUGCAAAUAACAUUUUAAAAAAUUGGACAUGUCAGGUGUGCAAGCAUAUUUGGCUGGGCUUACAUUCGCAUUAGCCGUUUCACCUUGCAGCACUGCUGUGCUGGCAACCCUGCUUGGAUAUGUAGCUGCAUCCAAGGGCAAGGGGCAUCGUGUUAUGACAGUUUCCCCACGUUACGACCAGUACAAAGAUGCAUGGGAUACUCAUGUUCUUCUUCAGAUAAAAAUUGGAGACCGAAUAGAGACAGUUCGCUUCUUCCACUGCUACAAACGUGGAGUUGAUCGUGUUUUUGUAGAUCACCCAAUGUUCCUGGAAAAGAUUAUCAGCCCAUAAGAAGCUGGAUCAUAAGAAGCUGGAUCAUCCCAUAAGAAUGGGGCAAAUGGAUAUAUUAUGAGAAUGACUUUGUUUUGGAUAUAUUUGUUGAGAUCGGAAUGGGGCAAAUGGAUCAUUAUGAGAAUGACUUUGAAGCAGAUAUGCUGAAAGAUACCGCGGCUUAUUAUUCUCGAAAGGCUUCAAACUGGAUCUUGGAAGAUUCCUGUCUAGAUUAUAUAUUCUAUUCAUUUUCUUUUUUUCUUGUUAAGGUCAGAUAUAUUUGUUUGAUAAUCCUAUAUAAUUUCUAAAAAAUCCUUUUGUAACUCUAGGCUGAGGAGUGUUUGAAACAAGAGAAGGAUAGGGUUGCUCA